AUGAUAACAUAAGGAAUCAAGUUAUAAGUUUGCACAUGCUUGCAACCUUUUGUCUAUUAUGAUUACUAAGAAUUAUGCUACUUUUCCCCUUUUGAAUUCAAAUAAUAUAAUGAAACAAGAUCUUUAAAUUCAUUAAGAGGAGGGGGAUUUUGUAGCUCAAAAAUCCAAGAUGGAACAAUUGUAGAUGUUAAAAUAUUAGAAAAGAUAAAAAUACCAUUAUAUUUUUUUCCUCAUCUAACUCAUCAUUCUUUAAAUAUUACAGAUUAUAAAUCAACUAGCCCAGACAUAAAUAAAUCGAUAAAUUCAAUCUAAUGGUUUCAUGAUCAUUAAUAGCAUUUUAACUCAAUUUGUUUUGAAGAUUAAACUCUCAGAUGUUCUUAUAAUUAGAUCGAAUCCAUAAUUGAAUCCCUCUUAAAAGUCAUUCCAUUUUAUGUCAAAGAAUCUGGGGCUAUUUUAUUAUCUUUAUUACAUAUAGUAAACGAUUUAUUCAGGAUAAUUUUCACAUAUUAGAUUAAAAAUACCGAUCAUUAAAUCCUUCUAGAAAAAAAGAAUAAUUAUUAAACUUACCUAAGAGAAAUAAAAUAAGAAAUAGAGCAAUAGAAUGAAAGCUUCUGGAAAACUGGUAUUGAAUUUGAAUUACAGAUGAUAAGCACCGUUAUAACUCACCUAAGAACAAAUUCAGAUAAAGGUAAAGAGAUUGCUUUUAAAGUCUUAACAGAAUUAAUUACUUCUUUUGGUGGCAUGAAAUUAAGCGAGGAGUUCUUAUCUGCUAUCAAAGAAGCAGGACUAUUUCUUUUAGAAACAUUUUAUGAUCACAUAGAAAACCCCUUAGAAAAAUAUUAAAUUUAUUAUUAUUUCGAAAACUUAAGAUGGAAAAUUAUAUAAUAUUUAGAGAAUUAAUAUCCAUUAAAGAAGAUCAUUACAUUGUUAUAAGAUAGCUAUAAUUAAUAUAUUUUAAAUUCUUCUGAUUGGAACAUUCAUUAUUGUUGGAUUAAUAUGAUUUCAGAUUUAGUUUCUUAUCGUCCUAUAAUCUCAAAAUCAAAUUUAUAAAAAAUAAAUCCAUAUCCCAAUAACUUAAUAUGUAAUUGGGAAGAACUUAUCGAAAAUAAGAUGAUUUAAAUAGUUCCAUAUAAUAAAUAGGAAGCUAAAUUACAAUUAUUUUCUUAUGAUAAUAAAAAUUUAACUCAAUUUUUAUAAUCAAAUUUGAAAGAGUUGAAAUAGUUUUAAGAAUUUUUAAUAUCUAACCCUUUAAUUCAAAAAAAUGUUUGUAAAGUAAUUUCUGAAAAGCCAGAAAUUAAAUUAUGGAAUUAUUAUCUAAACUUUGAAUUCAAGAAAAAUAAUCAGCCUUAAACUUAAAUAGAUUAGUUAAUCUCAUUUUUAUCUAGUUUGGAAAUUUCUAAAUAGAUUCAUUUUUUGAUUUAACUUUAUGAAAAGCAUGUAAAUUAAACAAUCAAAGUUUAUGAAGAAAAAGUAGGAGCAAUAGAAAACUUAAAUAAUAUUAAAGAUAACCAAUAAUUUUCAAAAAAGAUAGUUGUUGAAGAUAUCAAAGAUUUGUUACGCUAAUGUUUAUUAGAAUUUUCAUAAAUUAUAUAUAUAAUUUUUUUACUUGAAUAGGGAUUCAAAUUAGAGUACAAUAAAUUAAAAGAAUUUAGUAAAAUUUUAUCAGAGGAAUAUCAAACAAAAAAGGAAUAUUCAAAAUAUUUUGAAUCUAUAAAAUCAAUUGAUUAAUCAAUUAAGAGUAUUAACAUAUCUCAAAUAUGUGAAAAAAUCAUUAAAUGCCAUGUUGAUUUGAUGAAAGAUGUCAGCGAAAAUUUAGUCUAACUGCUUCUAUUCUCAAGCAAUCAAUAAUAUUCAAUUAGUUCAAUCUAAACUUAAGAUUGGAGUGAUAAUCUUCUUAGUUUAAAAGAAGAAUUCUAAAAAGCAGGAUAAGAAUUUUUAAAAGCUUUAAACUUAAACAAAUAACUAAUAAAAUCAAUUUAAUUGAAUAAUACUAAAGUUGAAUGUCACUUUAAUUGUAAAGAAUUGAUAAAGUUAUUAAAAGAUUUUCAUAAAACUAGUUUUAUUUAAUGUUAUUAAAAGUUUUUAGUUUCAAAGGAAGAUAUCAAAAAUAAAUUGGCUAAUAAUGAUUAUUAGAUUAUAUGUGGACAGUUAGAAUUUUAAAUACAUAUAUAGAAAGUAAUUAAAUAAUUACUAAGAUUGUAUUAAUUUUAAAUAAAUGUAUUUCAAAUAAAAUUCUCCUUAUUUACUAAUUAAGAGGAGAAAGAUAUGAUUGAAAAUAACGAAAAUAAUUAACUUUUAGUGAAUGCUCUCUAAAUUAUACAAAAUUAACAAUCAACAUUUUAGUAAGAAUAUUUUAAUUUAGUGAAUGAAAAUUAAGGAAAGCAUUUAUCAAAAAGUUGUAAGAAAUUAAUUCAAUAAGUAUUUUCAGAACAAACCAGACUAAUUUAAGAAUUUAAUUAAGAAGAAUUUAAUUUAUAUUUAUUCAAUUUGAACGAUAUUUAGGCGAGACUCUUGGAAAUAAAGAUUUAAAAAUAGGUAUCUAAGGAAACUUUAGAUGAUAUUAUAAAUGGCUACAAUAUUUUAAGCUCUGCCUUAACAUCAAAUAUUAACAUUUAAAAAGAGGAAAAUAAGUUAAAGAAGAACAAUUAAGGCUUGUUUACAUCCUCUUUUGAGACGAUAGACAAAUUACAAAGUUGUUUGAAAAAAUAAAUUUAAAUAUUAAAAAAUGUAAAAGAUUAUGUAUUUUUAAAAUUAAUGUCAAACAAAUUUAAAGGAGAAAAUUAAAUUACAAGCAUAACAAAAUUGGAUAAUUAUUUGGAAGAGAUGUUAAACUAGUAUGAAGAUGUAUCAGAUAAAGAAUCCUUUAAAGAAUUAAAUUAAACAGAUAAGAUGCAAUCAACAAAUAAUAAUUCUAAUUCACAAAAUUCAUAAUUGUGCUUAAUUUCUUUGAAUGAAAAAAAUAAUGAGUAAUUAUAUUAUAAAUCAAAAAUUCUGUUCCUUUUUGAAGAUUGUAGCUUUUUUAAAUUCGACUCUGACAAUGAAAUUUUAUCAAUAAAAAUAGACCAGAAUUUUAAAAUAAUUAUAAAAGAAUUAUAAGAAGGAACGAAAGAUGUACUUUUGAAUUCAAUUUUAAGUAAAUUUUAAAAUAAAUCAUAUAAAGUUAGAGAAUCAUUAUUUUUUAAUUUGAUAAAAAUGUAAUCAAAAUUAAAGGAAGAAAAUGUAAAAGCAUUUUGUUAAUAAUGUAUAAAGGAAAUGUGGAUUUCUGAAAAACAUGUUAAUGUUAGAUAACUCAUAAAAAAUAAAGAAUUUAUAGAAUAAUAAAAAAAAUUAUUUUCGACAAAUCUUUAAUCUUUUUCUAGUUAACUUGAGAGCGAAUUUAAGAUAAGAAUUCAAAGAAUAGAGACCUUAGAGCAAUAAAUUAGAUUAGAAGGAAAAUCUCAUUUUGGAGAAUAACUAAAUAAGUAAUUAAAACUAGAGUUAUAAAAUUUUUAAGAAUCUUUUGAAAAUAUUACUGAAAUGUCUAAUAAACUUGAUUUGAAUUUAAUUUUUUUAAAAGAAAUAGUUAAGGAUUUAAAAUAAAUUAAAAGCAGCAUUGAAAAACUUUAUGAUAAUCUUUAAGAAUUUGGUAAUGAUCUCAAAUAAUUAAGAGGAAAGAACUUUAGAGAAUUAUUAAAUAUUAGAAAAUAUAGAGUUUUAGAUUAAAUAAAGACAUAAUCUUUAGAUUAAGUAUAUAUUGAAUUGCAUACAAAAGAAUAUAACCCUCAAACAGGAGAUUAAAUUCCAACAAAAUAGGGAAAGGAAUUUUCUAUUUUAAUAUCAAACAAAGAAGAUGGAAAGGAUGCUGAAAUUAAUGAAUUUUUAUGGGUAGAUAAUAAUAAAGAUGUAUUGUUAUUAAGAGGUUAAGCAGGAUCAGGUAAAAGUAAAGCUGCUACUAAAAUUGAAGAAACUCUUUGGGAAAUGGAACAUAUUAAACCUAAUUGGAAACCAAUCUACAUAUCACUACCUGGAUUAAAAAAUCCAACACAUAAUCUUAUUAAAGAAGCUUUGGAAUCUGAAUAUUACCAAUUUGAUGGUAAUUAAAUAAAAGAAUUUAAGGAUGAAAUAUAUAAUGGUAAGAUUAAUUGUGUUUUUAUCCUUGAUAGCUAUGAUGAAAUGAAGCAAUAAUUUAUUCAAGAAAACAUUUACAAAACAAAUAGAUUUAAAUAAGAAUUUAAUAUUGAUAAUCCAGGUAAUAAAAUAAAAAUAAUCAUUACAACAAGAAAUGAAAUUUUAAAUUAAAAAGGAUAUCAAAACUAAUUCUUGGCAGAAAGUUUAGAUUUUCUUAAAGAAGUAGAAAUAUAACCUUUUAAUUAAAAUCAAACAAUUAAAUAUAUUUAAGAAUACUGUUUAUUGAGUGUUAAAAGGAAGAUUGUUAAUUGUUAUGAACAUGCAAAAUAAAUUCAAGGAUAACCAAAAGAUAGAGAAGAAAUAAUAGAAAUUUGUCGUAAAAUUGAGGAUAAUUUAUUUGGAAAUUAAUAAAAAUAAAAUGAAUAAAACUCUGAUACAAUGUUAGAUGUUUAUCUUAUUGACAAGAUAAUUGAAAUAUUGAAGACUUAAACUUGUUUCUCAUCUCUAAGCAAAGAAGUUUUUAUUUAUUUGAGAAAAGAAUUAAAUGAUUUGUGGAGUUAAAAUAAAUUUAUUAAAACUAUUGAAAAUUUGUAGAUAAAAGAAUUAUUGUAAACUCCUUUUAUGAUGUCAAUUAUUGUUUAAGUUUUACCUCCUAUGGUAAAUUAAUCUUUCAAUAAUGACCAACUUCUAAAAAAUUUUAAGUAGAAUUAUAUGAAACUUAAAUUAAAAAAACAAACAUCAAAACAAAUGAUAAACUUUAUAAAAACAUUAGAUAAAAUAUAAUUUAAUCCGCCAAUUUUUUUUGAAUAAAAAGAGGAUAAAUUAUUGGAACAAAAUUAAGAGAUGGAAACACAAUAUAAGUUAAUACUACAAAAAAUGGAAGAUAAAAAAUUUUUCUAAAAUUAUACAAUAGCUGAAAAAUUAGACUAUGAUAAAACUAACAUAAUUUUUAGUAGAGGAACUAUUGAUAUUGGUUAAGAAGAUACAGAUCUUGUUUAUUAAGCACUAAAAAUGCAAAGAAUGAAAGUAACAGAUUUUUAUGAAAGUUUUAUCAAUUUUUAUCAUUAAUAAUAACUUUAGAAAUGGAAGGAUAUUGGAAAAGCUUAAAAUUAUGAAGGAUUGAUUAUAGAUAUUGAAGAAUUCUCAGAAUCACUUGCAUUAGAAAUGACAUAAAACUAGUAAGUUUAAAUUAUUUAUAGACCAAAAGGUAAAUUAAAAAUGAAAAUUUAAUAAAAUUAAGGAUUGACAACCGAAAAUUGGGAAGAUUAAUAUUUUGAUAAUUUCUUAGGAGAUUAAGAAUAUAAUAAAAUAUUAAAAAGUUGCAUUUUGUUAACAGCAAAGGGAAAUUCCUAUUCCUUUUUGCAUAAAUCAAUUUAAGAAUUUUAUGUUGGAAGAUAUGUAUUGAGAUUUUUAACAAAGAUUUUUAAAUUAGAUAUAAAUAAUGAUUAAAAAUUGAUUAAAGAAAGCCUUAUGAAUUAAUAAACUUUUAAUUUAUCUCAACCUUAAUAUUAAGGAAUGAUUAAGUUAAUAAAGAAUAAUCUUACAUUUGAAAAUAACUAAUUAUCAAAUAUUGUAAGCAUAAUUUAAUUGACAAAAAAAAGUUCUGAAUACAUAUGCAUAUGUUCAAACUUGUUUUUUAUUUUAAGUCUUUGUGGAACUGUUUUAGAGAAUGAAUAAUUAAGUAAUAUAACACUUGCUAAAACAAAUUUAUAAGGUAUUACUUUCUAUUAAUGCAAUCUAUCUGAAUCAAAAUUUUAUAAUGUUAAUAUAGAUUGCUGUAAUUUCAAUAAUUCAUAGUUAAAUGGUGUUGAAUGGAUAAAUAUAAAUUGUUAGGAAAAACCAGCUUUAAUAGUACCUGAAAAAUAAAUAACUGCAUUAUAAUAUUCAAAUUCUUAACAAAUACUUGUAUCAGGAACUAAUGAUGGUUAAGUAAUAUUUUGGAACUUAGAGGAAUAUAAGAUUAUAAUGAAUAAAUAAGUUAAUAUUGGAGAAAUAGACUAGUUAAAAUUUUAUGAUAAUUAUUCACUAUUAUUAUGUUCAUAGAUUGAUUUGAUAACUCUAUGGAAUAUUAAGGACCUGAAGAACAUAACUUUAAUAACAUCACUAAAACCGGAAGAAAGACAAUUAUAAUAUGAUGUAUCUCUAACACCUGACUUUUAGUUUAUUCUUUAUGUUGGAAUGAUUAAGCAGGAUGAUAGAAAAUAAUAUUGUGUUUAUGUAUGGGAUAUAUAUAAUUAGUAUCAAAAAGAAAUAGAAAAAGAUGAAUACAAUUUAAACUUUGAAAUUGAAAUAGCAGAAUUUUCAGAUGAUGAAAAAAUGCUAGCUGUUGGAGGAUUUGAAAAAUUUAUUUUGUUUAAAAUUGAUGAGUAGGAUAAAUUAAAAGAAGUUUGUUCAAAAUAAUUAAAAGAUUUAAAAGUUCAAUACAUUUAAUUUUAAAAAUAGGAAAAUGAAAUAGCUAUAGGAGAAAUAAAUGGAGAUUUGUUUUUAUUUCGAUUAAUUGAAGAAACAUAAUUGCAACUAUACAAAUAAAUAAAAAUAUAUCAGGAUAGAGGGACUAGAAAACUUUCAAAAGAUUCUAAUUAUUUAAUAUUAUAAAUAGGGUAGUAUGAUUGUGAGGUUUAUAAAUUAUCAAAUAUAGUGAAAGAUAAUUUAUUGCCAGAAAAAAAAAUAUUAGAAACUAAAAUAAAAGAAAUAAUUCAUAUUUGUUUUUGUCUUAUAAAAUAGUAUUUUUAUAUUGCUUAAGAAAAUAAAAUAUCCAUCAAGAAAUUAUUAAAUAUGAAUUUAUUAGAAGAUAUUACUGAGCUCAAAUAGGAUGAAGUAAUUACACAUAUUUUAAUAUCUCCUAAUGGUUAACUUUUAGUAAUAGGUCAUAUAAAUAAUGAAAUUUCUUUAUGGGAAACUUAGUCAUUUUAAAAAAUAAAUACCAUAAUAGUAGCUAAAAGUGCAAAAUUUCAAAGUUUUUCAUUAAAUAAUUAAAACUUGUGCUUAAUUUUCUAAAAUACAUCUAAAAAGAAUUUUUUAAAUACAUCUGUUUGGGAUGUUUCUGACCCAGGUAAUAUUAUUUUAUUAAAUACUUUUGAUAAUAUUCAAAUUAACUUAUCACCAUUUGAAAAAAAAAAUCAUUAAGUAAUGUAUAGUCACUGGAUUCAUUAAUAUAUGAAAAUUUUGAAAAUAAUUUUUAAUUGGAAUGAGAUUAAAAAUAUAAAUAGAAACUAUCUGUCAGAAACAUUAUAUUUUGGAUAUAUAAAUGAAUCUAUUUCUUAUUAGAUUGAUUCAGAGUAAGUUAAAUUGGUAAAGAUUGAUAAUAGUGGUGACCCAAAUGAUAUACAAAAAAUAUAGUGUUAAGCUAAAAAAAUUUUUUGUUCUGAAGUUUUGAUGAUUAUUCAAGAAGUCACUAAUUUAUUAUUUUUUGAUAUCAAAGAUAUUUUACAUGAAAGUCAUGCAUUUUUAAUCUACAAGGAAUACUCUAUUUGCGAUUUAAUUCAAAUUUUUUGUCUUGAUACAGAAAAGUUAAUAUUUGCAUUUUGUUAUUGUAAUGGAACAAUUGAAAUUAAGGAUUAUUCAUUUAUAUCUUAACAAUUUUAAACCAAUAAGUACUUUGAUUGUAGUUCUUUAAUUAUAAAUAAUACUUAAUUAAUUGCUGGCAAAAACAAUAUAUUAUGUUAUGAUUUGAAGACCUUUUCUAAAAUUAAUACUAUAAAUAGUUAUAGUUAUGAUUUAAAUUUACGAUAAUCACAAGAUAAUUCUAUUUUAGUAGCCUAUUGUAAUAAAGAUUUUUGGAUAAUUAAGUUUAAUGAUAAAAAUGAUGCAACUCACCAGAUGCAUUCAUUAAAGUAUUUGAGUGGUAAAAUUCAAAAUCUGAUUUUUAUAGAUAAUAAUCACUUUGUUACAAUAUUAAAUAAUAUUGAUAUUUAUAUUUGGGAAAUUGGUGAAUAACUAUAAAUUAAGCUGGAGAAAUAGUUUGUUUUUAAUCAAAAAUUUAAUAUACUUAAUUCUAAAAAUAUGGUCUCAACCUAAAAUAUUAAAUUAUCCUUUAUAAAAUAUAAAAAUUAAAAAGGUUUUUUGAAAAAUGUUUUGAAUGAUUUCAGUAAUACAAAAUUUCACAUUUUUGAUUUAAGAAAUAAGGAGGAAACAGCUUUAUUUUCUGGAUAUUAUUUUACAUUUUAUAAAAAUAGGAUUCCAUACAAAUAAAUACAAUUGGAUUAAUUAGGCUACUAAAAUGUUAUUGAUAAUCAAGUGAAAUUAUUAUCAAAUAAUUAAACUUUAGUCUUUACAACCAAAAAUAAAAAUAUCGUUUUUUAUGACAUGAUAUCCAAUAGUAAAACAAUAGAAUUUAUAGGGGAAUCAUUCUGCUUAUCUUAAGAUGAAAAAUUAUUGAUUACAAGUUAAAAUAGAUAAAUUUUAUUGUAUGAUUUAUAAUCAAAAAGCCUUAUAGACAAAUUCGAAGGCCAUUAAUCAAAAAUUACAUCUCUUUCUAUUUCUUCUGAUAAUCAUACUUUAAUUUCAGCUUCGCAUAAUUAGGAGAUUAAAAUUUGGAAUUUAUAAUAUUAAAAGUAAAUCUAGGAAUCCAGUGUUCAUGAUAAAUUAAUCUAAAAAGUAAAAUUUUCUUAAGAUGGUGGUAUUUUAUUCUCUAAUAGUGAUGAUGGUACUUUAAAUAUUUGGAAUAUAGAAUAGAAUAGGUUAGAAUCAUCUGAAAAAAGUCAUUUUAAUUUUGAUUAUAACUCAAAAGAAGAAUUAAUCGUAUCUUAAAAAGAUGAAACUAGCAAUUUCUACACUUUGUUUGAUUUACAUUUUAAAGAGCUCAAGCAGUAUUUAUGUUUUGCAAAAUGGGAUAGAUAUAAUACAAAAUUAUCAGUUUAAAUUAAUUAAUUUAUUCUAAUAUGGAAUCUAAACUCAUUGUAAGAAAAUCCUGAGAACAUUAUAAGAACCAAUAAUGAUCUAUAUAAUUUUACAGAAGAUAGCUCUUACAUUUUUUAAAUUAAUUAUGAUUAUGUUACCUUUUAUUCUAUUAAAAAUUAAGAGCAAUCGCAUAAAAUGACAACUAAUUUAUUGAAUUGGAGAGAGAUUUGUUAUGGAGUAAGAAUCGAUGAAUCCAUUAAGCUAUUAUGUUUUACUUCUGAGAAUAUGCUAAUUUUCAAGAAUUAAUUGAUUAUAGUGGAUUAUGGGUGUGGGUAACAAUUAAGAGCCAUUUUUUUUGAAAAUAUAUAAAAUUCUAAUAGUUUUAUGCCUUUUUAUGAAGGUCAGUGUUUCUGUAUUUUUAAUAGUCAGAAAAUUAUUUGUAUCGGAAAUUAAUCAUUUAUAUAAACAAAGAUUGAUAUCAUAGAUUAUAAUUUACAUAAGAAAUUGAAAUAAAUAAUAUUAGAUGAUAAUAAUCUCAUAAUUUAAAUGAUAACUUCAAAAAGAGAUGUUUAUUUGUCUUAUAUUUUUUAGAAGAGUAAUACAAUAGAAGUGAUAAAAUAUCCUUUAGAAAGAUGCUAGCUAUUUAAAAUUAAAGGAAAGUAGGAUUCUAUUAUUCUUCUUUUAGAGUUUUCAUGUCAAGAAGAAAUUUUGAUUUCAGGUCAUAGUGAUUAAACUAUUCAAAUUUGGAAUGUUGAGCUUUAGAUUUAAUUUUACUGUCUUGAUGGAUUGAAUUAAAGUAUUAGUUCACUUUCAAUAUCUCCAGAUGGAAGUAAGUUUGCAGUUGGCUUUGAUGAUGGCACAUUGACUCUCUUUAAGUUUUUCAAAUAACAAUAUUCUUUGCAAAAGCUGAAAAAUUAAAUUUUGAUAUAAAAAAAUUUUAAUAUUUAGAUAGAAAAUAACAAUACUUCAAGUUAAGAAGAUGUUAAGGAGACUGAUAUUGAUAUGGAUAUAGUUGGAGCAAUAUCUUAUAAAACAUUUUCUAAAUAACCUCUAAUUUAAGCCAAGAAUUGUAUAAUAAAUCCAGAUUCUUCUAUUGUAGAUAAUUAAGGCAAGUCUCUUAUAUAGUUAUUCAAAUAAAAAGGGGCAUUGAUGAAGAAUAGUAGAAACAAAUAAUGA